AUGUUUACUAAGAGAGUGAGGCCUGUAGUUAAGACCCACAAGUUGGUGAGGCAGGGAACAUUGAAGAAGAAGAAAAACAUGGUGAAGAAGUUGAAAGAAUUGAAAGUGAUCGAGUGGGCACAAGAGGAACAAAGAAGGAUGGAGAUAAGAGAAGAGAGAAGAGUAGAGGAAAUGAUCAAGGAGGCCAAGAAGGAACUGAGAAUGCUGAAGGAGAAGAACAGAAUGAAGGAGUUGUUCCUUGACGUGCUUCAAGUGCAUCAUGAGACAGGACACUUUCCUAAUAAUCUCAAAGAUUUAACCAAGAAAGAGCUUAAAGGGUUACUCAAUUUGAUUGACCUCAAGAUGAAGACAAUUAGGGACCAGAUGGAUGGAUUAAAGAUUGAUGAAGCCCCGGUGGCUAAGGAAGGUCAAGAUUAUUAUUAA